GAUAUUUGUGCUUCUCUCUCUCUCUCUCUCUCUUUGAAUUUGACUAAACAUGGCGGACAACUCUGAUUAGAGGGUCUCUACACGAGACAUUCGAAUAGCUCUAUCCCGGAAACAGUGGGAAAUGGGACAUAUAUUCAUAUGAACAUUGUUGCUUAAAACGACCGAUACUGUCACCUCCAAGAAUAUUGACCCUUCCUCCUGGAACACCCUGUAUAAAUACGGGAUCUCUCGCGCCGUCGUCAUUUGCUCUUUUGCGCAAUGUUUUUUAAGGGCCACGUGAGCCGAGCCCUGCACCGUGGCCCGUCGCUCGGUGCCUCGAUUUUCCGCUUCAUCGAGACACCGCCAACGCAAGCCGGCCGGCCGUAUGCUAAUCGGGUGCAUGUGAGCGGGAGUGAGCGCAGAAACGCCACCCUCCGAAGAAGGGUGAUACGAGGGGAGAGUCCCCGGGAUGAUCCCUUCGACCGAGUGAGUGACAUCGCGCGCGGCAACAAGGGCGCGCGGAUUUUAUGGCGCAGCUUUUUUUUUUUCCUCUCCUCUCCUUUUUGGACCCGACGGCGAUUACGCACACGCGUCGUCCGAACGGGCGGGCGGAACAAACGACGAUGACGUGACCGCGUGAAAUUGCGUGGGCGAUACAGGAUUUGUUGCACGUAUCGUUGCAAUCGAGAAACGUAAUAUGAAAGGGGUGUAGGUUUCGGGUGACGUAUGAAUAACUAUUUAUUAACGUGGGUUAACCCCGCGUCGAACUCGAUCGUCGAAAUCUAAUAAUUUGAAUUCUAUUUGUUUGCGCCUGCUGAUAAAUUACUGAAACGAUAUUUUAGGGGUGAAACGCGUACACUAAGUAAUUAGCAAGGGGAAAUUUCACUGGAAUCACAUAAGAAUUGCUUGCAUAAGCUUGAUUCGACCCUGGAGAAAAACUGUCCCGUUUCCAAGGACAAAGUCUAAACGUGUGCGCUUCUUUCCAUCUUUAUAUUCUUCGUAACAUUUACAUUUCUCUGCGUCUCGCAAUUUUCCGACUACACCCCGAAAAGGCGAUGAAUAUUCUGUUGUCCUCUUCUGCCGGAAAUUUCCCAAGCGUCGUCUACACCGGAAAACGCAAACGAUGCGGACAUCCCGUGGAAUUCUACCCCAUUCGGUGCACGUGGCUCCCGAUAGAGAAAGAGAGAGAGCGGCGUUUAGUCCACCCGCGGGCGUUCUACAAAAAUCCGGUAAUUCGCGGACAGGACGUUCCCUUGAUAUCGAUAUCCCCUCGGGGUGCAUCGCACGCACGUCGAGUCGAGGCACCCUUUCCCUACGGCCCUGCCGACCUCCCACUAUUCCCUCUCGGUAGCCGGCAGCAGUGCUCAGUCUCCGUCGAGCUACCGUCGCGUCCGGAGGUAGCUCGUCCCGCUCGUUUCCCGCUCGCCGCUCGCUCGCUCGCGUCGCGAUCGGAGACAGUGCGCGAGGAUCGAGUGCGAGUACGCAAUUGCAUUUGUGAACAGUUGGAAAAUUGUGAAUUCGCCAGGCGGUAGCGCGACGCGGCACGCCGCAACCGAUGGGGGAUGACGUUCGAUGGAGAAAAAGAGGUCCUGUUUCACCGUGAAAUGGAACGCUCGAGCAGUGGACGCGCGCGCAAAUAACGCGAUCGCAGCCGGUUCCGGCGGACGAUAAUCGUGGGAAGGAGACCUCUGUCCACUUGGGCAUUUUCGACGAGGCGCCGCUCCGUUAGCCGACACUCGUGUGCAACAUGUUCGGGACGAAAUUGCGCACGUGGAUGGAGGCACACAUCGUGCGAUCGAAAAAGAAGAAGGACCGGAAGAAGGGCGACAAGGGAUUCGACUCGAACUGCAACUCCCCGAGGAGCCACAGCGCCAACAGAUCGCCCGCUUUGCACCAGGUACACCCGGUGGACUCGCCGUCGAAGAACGUGGACGGCAUCCGGCUGCACGGGGGCGGCUACGGCGCGACAGUGACCACCUCGUCCGGCACCUCCGGCGGCACCGCCGGAAGCGUGAGCCUCUCCUCGCCGGAGAGCGCGUACUCGACCGGCUACUCGACCGACGGCACCUCGCCCGGCACCAGUUUCCCGCCCGAGUACUACAUCAACAUCAGGACCGGCACCCAUUACUUUCAGAGCAGCGGCGGUGGCGGUGCCACCACUGCCGCCGCUAACAACAACAACAACAACAAUAACAACAAGACCAGGGCGAAGAGGCCACUGGGCAGCGCAGGUAACCCGCCUCCGACCGGCAGCGUUCCACCAGGAAAUGGAAGAGCCGAGGACAGGGGGCAGUCAUCCGCGAGCACGACGAACAUGUCCAGAGACCACGGCCAGCCGGAAGUGCGAACGAGUACGCCGCACAAGAGCGCGGAGACGCCGAUGAGCCACGGCCAGAGGCAACACCAGCAGCAACAGAGGCAGCAGGAGAGCUCGCAUCGCAGAACGGAGUCUUACUCCGCCGACUCGACGAGGAACAGUCUGCCGGUGCCGUCGUCGAUACCGCCGCCGCUGGUCUCGCCCCCGGUGCAGUCACCCCGCGAGCGCUCCCGCAUUCGGACGAACCCGUGGCUGUCGGCCAAUUCCUCCGGGUCCAGCACAAACGGCCUGAAGUCGCGGCUCGCCCUAGACGAGAGCAGCAGCAGCUCCGGGCUGAAGCUGACGGAGUCCUCCGGCAGCGCCAGCGACGUCAACCUGAACGGCAGGGAGCCUCAUGGCAGGAGGGAGCACCGUCAGGAGAGCCUCAGCGCGGGCCGAAGCCCGAUCAAUCAAAACUGGAGGAUCACAUCGGGCAUGGAUCUCCGACCGAAGAUCUCUUUGGCCCUGCAACGACGAGCCAGUAGCAGCAGCUCGUCGGCGUCCUCGGUGACGCGCAGCGUGCGCUCGUCCGAGGACGACAUCACGCUGAACGAGAUGAUGGGCAAGUUCGACGAGAGCUACGUAUACGAGAAAGAGACGGACAUCCUGUCGGACAGCGAUCCGACCGACUGCGAGGACUAUAUCGACUCGCUGUCGGACAUCGACACCGGACAGGACGGCGGCGACGAGAACGAUCCGUUCGAAAACGACGAGCUCGAUUACAUUGAUAACGGCUCGUUCGUCGAUCUGGACAGCCUCGAGUGCGGUAGCGCCGGCCACUUUCCCAAUACCGGUCACUGCACCUACUUCACCUUCACCAGCGAGCUAAGCCGACGUGGUAGCAGGCUCCGCGAGUCCUUCCUCAAGCGCAGGAGCAAGGACGAGAUCGUCUCUCAGAGAAACGUGAAUGCGAGGGCCAGCUCGAAAAGGCAGAGCUCGCGGCACAGGAAGAUGGACGAUAAGCAAAGCGAGAAACGCAAGAAGAGGAUAUCGCAACGUCGCAAGCCCGCUCUGGACCGAUGCGACGACGAGACGGCGAAUCUGAACCGCGUGCUGGUCGAGAGGAUGCUACUGAAGAAUUCUGGAUUCAAUCAGGGCAGCAGGAGCGUGGGCGGCACGCCGAUGUGCUUGCGGCGCAGGAAGCACGACGUCAACAAGAAUCUCUCGCCCAUGAGAUUGAACGGCAACCCGUCGGCCAUCAGACCUACCGCGAUGGAGAACGAGAUCGUGAAGAGACGGUCGAACUCUGUGAGCUACGUGAAUGGCAACAUGGUGCGACGCCACGUGGCCGGCAACACGUACAUGACCACGUUUGCGUCGGAGAUCGCGCUGAUCGAGGCGGACAAGGAGGCCGAUCGCAAGUAUCGCGAGCUUAUCCUAGAGGCAGAAAACAUUCUGGUGAGCAUGCAAAAGUACCAGAACCCCUCGCCGUGUGUGCCGUCGCCGUCGCGUAAACUGCACAACGGUCUGGCGAACAAGCGCGUCGAACUCAUCAAGAACACGGAGCUGAACAUCGAGCUGGCGCUGUCGAAGAGCCGCAAUUCCCAACCGGAAUUGCAGAGCGGCAGUAUCCGUGAUCUGGAGCACACCAGUCCGAAACGGCAGUUCGCCCAGCCGUGUUCGCCGAUUCACCGAUUUAUGGAGAGGAACUCGCCGGCCGGUUUUGCGCCGAAGGAGCCUCCGCCCGUUUUCCGGCAGCACGAGCUGUCCAAGUGUCCGGACUCGCCGGCGAUGACGCGCAGAACGACGCCCCAGAGCUCGCCCAGCAGGAGCCUGAUGCACCACCAGGUGCAUCGAGCGCGCAACGGCAAUCCAGAGAGCAAGGAGGGCAACAGAUCGCCUCGGAUCGCCUUGAAUUGUAACGGCGGAAUGAAACCGGAAACCACGAAUGCGAACAAUUCCCUCGGAGAGAAGAUACACGCGAACGCGAUGACGCAGAGCUCUCUCGCCGGAGGUAGAAAGGAAUUUCGCGCCGCGAGAGAAUCGACGAAGGAGGAGGGAGUGACGUCCAGCUCGUCGGAUUCCGAGGAGAAGUGCGACGUGAGACGGAGGGCACCGUUGAUGACUUUCAGAUCAGUCGACAUGGGCCCCAUCAAGGAGGGCUCUUCCUAUUGCCCGCAAAGCGAGCCGGUGAAAAGGAAAGUAUACGCCGGAAGCGCAACAUAUGGUAGAAUACAAAAGACAUUGGGCGAGCACGUUAUGCUGAGAAAUUCCGACGGCGAUACAGCAACCGACGAUACCGAUGACUCGAGGAGAUCCCUGAAGGAGAAGGUGGCGCAAUUGCGGCAGGAGCGGCUGGCCGCCGAGGCGAACAUAAACAACAUUCAGGACUCGCAGUACUUCCAGCACCAGCUAUCCCAGUUGCGACGGCAGAUGCUGAUGCAGACGAUCGAGGGCCUGAAGCGCAGCCUCGAAGAUCAGUCGGCCACUCUGAAGCAGACCUGCCUGGAGCCGACGAGUCUGCUGACCGACGAGCUGCCUUGAAUCCGACCGGCCGACUCGUUUCCGGUCUAUUGUGCGCCGCGCGGCCACGACUAACCGCAUCUAGCACCCUGUUUCUUGCGAGGGGAAUAGGCCGGCCGGCCGGACGGACAGGAUCGAAGUUACGGGUCCUGUUCUCGGCGAAUCCGCGAUUGGUCGAGCCGCCGCGCGCUGCGAGGAGUAUUGAUUAAGCGCGGCGUUUACUCCGUGCGCGCUGAAUACCGAAUUAUGAUGACGUGAUCCUUCUCGGGCUCGAUGGUACCAGGGUCGACUAAGUGCGAGCGCGCACGUCAAAUCUCUAUUUUUCUGUCCAUCUACGUGAUAUGAGAGAAAGAGUGAGAGAAAGGAAGGGAGAGUCGAAAUUGAGUGUCGCGUAUCCUCGCUGGGCAUUGUUCCGCUCUGUUGUUUCGCGCAAUAAUUAGCACUUCUCACGAACUUUCCUUUCGUCGUUUUAAGUUCGCAACUUGGCGCGGGUAGGUCGACUUUCAUUUGUCGCUUUAGAUUAGAUUAGCCUUUCAUAGACUAGCUAGACUCUUCUCGUUCGAUCUAUCGUCGCGGUGCUCGCUCCGAAGUUUCUCCCCGAAAUGACGGCGGACGAGAAAUUCUUGCAGAUCGUCGAAUUACGUUAGAUUAAUCCUGAAACGCUAACGUGGAGUCAUCAAUAACCGAUAUAUUACUAAGUAAUUGUAAUAAUAAAAUAAUUAAUGUCACUAUAUAUUAACAUUGCUAUACCUAACAUUUUUUCAAACAUGUAUAUGCAAAAUAUAUUAUCAGUCAUUAGUAUGUUAUUACGAAAUUUGCAAUAGGAAACGCGGAGAAAGGAUAGUACGUACUAGUUUGAGAUUGUACUGGGCCCUGGCGGAGUCCCCGUUAGCGUUUCUAGGAUUGAGCUUAUAUACUACUCAACAUCUAACGGGCCUAUUCACGGGUGUCAGUCUUUGAUAUACUUUAGAAGAAACAUAGCGGAAAAAUCGUAGAAAGAGACGUCAAAAGUAAGCCAUGCAAACGAGUAAUAUAACAGUAUCAAAAAGACGUAGAUAUUUAGCAUGUAUUCAUCUAACGAAUUUAGAGAAAUCACGGAUUUAGCCGAAUACAGUAGCGGAUAGGCGAUUCAAAACGUAUAUAAUCGAUUUAGACAUUAGAAAGACAUUAAACGAUACGUGCCCAAGGAAUACGGCCCAGUCACGAUCGAGAUAGUCGGAGAAGGAUAACGCUGAUUGACCAAGUGACAUCGAGACAAGUUUCAUUGACCGUUCGAGCCCCAAUCGAGACAAAUAAAACCUCCUAUACGUGUAAGCUCCUUAAGCAAGAUAUAUAUAUGUCUAAUCACAUCUAUGGAUACAACUAAUUUUUAUAUGUACUUCGUAAAAAGUAAAAAUUGAGGCUCAAAGGGUUGAGUAGAUUAAGCGGACAAGUCGUCGAUGCGCGUUCUCAUCAAAGCGAGACGAGAAUACGUGUGAAUAACGCAGAACACAGAGAUGAAAAGGUUUAACAUCGGACGAAGAUGCGAGUCCCAAGGCUUUCCUUCUCCAGCACUCUCGAUUCUUCCAACUUGAUCUGUUGCAGAAUACGAUGUUUACAGCAUGCGCACCUUUUCCACUCCGAGCUGAAUUGGACGCGAUCCAAGAGGCGAUUGUAAAACGGGGGCUUCUCCACGCGCAGUGGGGACGGCUAUAAUUCGCUCCUCGUUCGCGUUCAGAUUCUUCGCCUGCAAACGUCGCUUAUUUUUUCACGCGGAGGACGAGGACUUACCGAUAAUCGUUUCUCGCCGUGAGACAUAAUGGGAACGCCAUAAUCAGCUAGCUUACACGUAUUACUCGUAAUGUUCCUAUUUUCAUGCGAUACUCGUAUCCCCGUGAACAAUCACCUCUGUUUCUGGAUAAAGUAAGCACACACCCCCCCCCCCUCCCAGAUUAGUAUACCAAAGACGAUAGCUUAGCUAGACAGUAGACUAGAGCCGUUUAACCGAUCAAAAAGCGCACAGCGGUGCAUAUUCGUAAUAUUAGAGGAUCAUGGUUAAAGCGUUUUUAGAAACCUCGAUUUGCUAGUAGGAUAAUUGUUCGAGUUACGUCGAGCGGAUUACAAAUCUUCCACGCGGGCCAGAGUCAAGCAUUUCAUUCCAGCAUUCGCAAAAAAUUUAUGCGGUUUUCGUAUUGUUCCCGAGUUUUAAGCGACUUGAAAAGACACCGUAGUUUGAUAUUUCUAAUCGGAAAACGCGUUAGUUUCGAGAAUAUUUCGGGGGUUUGCAUUAUUAAUUUAAUUUCGAUCGAUUUCGUGAUUUCGGACUCUGGUUGUAUCGUCGACACGGUAUGUUCGGUCAUAGUGAUAUUUUUGUGAGAAUAGACUGAUAGCGUUAUCGAUUGUUAGAUUAAAAAUUUUUAGCGGUUACUUACAUGUGAUUCAAUACGUUAAAGAUUCGACCGAGAACGGCGGAUUGUAAUACGCACGCGAUAUAUUUAUUUGUGUUAGAUACUAGGAAACAUAGUAAACGAAAAGCAUUAGACAAAUAUAGCGUAGCGUUAGUGCAUUAGGCAAUCGUCAAGUAAACGAAGUCACAUUGUUUCUUCCUCUCUUCGUUUCGAAUCGCGUUUUGUGAUUUCUUGUCGUCAAGCAUCGCCUCUAUGGGAUCUACCUUUCGAACAUGGUAACUUUCCGUUUGUAGCUUAUCGUGGAGACAGACUGCGAGCGAGUCUAAUCGAAAGUCUUUGCGCGAUACGCCGAGUAUCGUCAAGUGGGACGUUGUUCGAGAGUUUUAUACGUGAAAAAAAAAAGAAGACACUGUAUAUAACAUAAUUUUUUAACCGAGGAACAUUUUAAUUUUUUAUAAUCGUAAGAGGGAUUAGUGCGUCGUUGUCAUAAGUUCGAUGAUUUUUUUACGCGGUCGCGUCGACAUUCCAGGAAUACAGUUUGCGUUUGGCGACGAGAAGAGAGGCACGGUUGUCCGGAUCGAAUCGGUGAGCCGCACGGUUUCGAGAGCAUCGCCCUUGCCGCAAAGCGACACUAGUCACUCGAUUAUUUACGCAGGGUAUGGAUCGGCAACACCGAACGUGCUUGGAGGCAAAGUGGAAUUAUUGUUGCAAACGACAUCUCUUGUGUACUAAGCCAUUUAUGAAAUAAAAUGGUUUUUUUAUAUGAUUAUGAAUAAAUUAUAUUAUGUCGUUGGACUGGUACUGCUUUUACUCUUUGCCUUGACGAAGGAGGAUCGGGGAUAUUUUUUCCGCCCGCGGGAGAAUAUUGUGCCCCGUUGCUCGAGGAUUUUGUAGAGGAGACGCCAAGUUAUUACAAAAGAUUGUAUAUUUAUUACAAAGCGAUCCUUUCUAUUGCAAGCUGUUGUAUGUUUGCGCAAACGUGUCGGAUAACUCA